UUUAGGUUGCAGUGAUGUUCUGUCUCUUAUGAUUUAAUAUUCAAUAUUUAUUUAAUAAUUACAGCAAACAAUUGUCAGAUCAAUGAACAAAUGAAUCGAUUGUCUGCUUUUAUGCAUCAAACAAGUAAACAUAAGUAAACACUUAAUAAAGUCGCCACUGAGUGAAUAAAUAUGUCCACAGUAUUAAUUUUGAUAUCAUGAUCUAGUCUUUCUUUGAGCCUAUUAAUAGUACAGUUAUUUUUUUGGCACAUUUACUUUUACUAAACUACCUUUCAUCUUUAGUAUGAGUUUGAGCACAAAAUAUGCCCCAUAUCUGCUCUCUGUUAGUGUAUUUGAAUUGUAUUGUACAUGUGGUCACAUGAUCUACAUUCAUCUUCAUAGAACUGACUGCACAAUGCAUUAAAUACUUCCUGUGGUCUGAUGUGCUACUUCCUAAUUCACCCAUUGCCUCAUUCUGUCUCUCACAUUUGCUGUAAUGGAGUUGUUUGUUUUCAUAGUUUUUCAGCUUCUUAUUGAGGUUCAGUCUUAUGAACCUCCUACUGUAAAAGUAUCUCCAGAUGUCAUAAGAGAGUCCAGCUCAGUGAAGAUCAGCUGUGAGACGCCAGAAGAUGUUACAGUGAAUCAGUGUUAUUUCUACCCAAACAAAGAAAAGAAUCAAACAAAAAACAAAUGGGACUGUAUACUUAAGCUCACUGGUGCUGAAGUGUUCAGAUGGGCAGCUGUAAAAUCACCUGGAUCACUCAACAUUUACUGUUACUACACAAUAUAUGUGAAUAAUGAAUCAUUACCUCACUCUCUUCCUGCCACAGUGACAGUUCUAGCUCUUCCUGAGGCCAAGUUGAGUGUAUCUGCUUCAGUGAUUCUGGAAACAGACACAGUUGAGCUGAGCUGUGAGAAUACUGAAGAUCUGAAGAUGAAGAUAGAGAUGUGUGUCUUUAUCAUAAAUGGAAGAGAAAGUAACUCAAAACUGAGCUCAUCAUGUCAGCUCUCACUCACUGGAUCUCAGAUCAGUAUUUGGUCUGGAGAUCAGAGUUCAUCUGUGACAAUAACCUGCUUCUACACUGUGAUGAAGAGGCGAACUCAAAUUCCAUCUAAUCACUCUGAUCCAGUGAUAGUAACAGUUGAAAUUUCAAAAUCAACCACCACUAAACAAACUACUACAACAGCCAUUAAAACCACUUUAGCUGUAAUGUUCGCUUCUGAAACCACAACAUACAACAAAACUGGCCUUCAUUCUACGACAAACCUGUCAACAAGCAAGACAAAUGAAACCAUGAUUUCCACUACAAGCUCCACACUUCCUGGUGACAGCAAAAUAUCGGAACAUAAUUCAACAGAAACACCCACUCGCGCUUCAGAAAUGGACACAUGUGAAUAG